AGCAAAGCAAACCCCAGAGGGCGAUAAAAGGAGAACAACUUCAAGUGCUAUGGCAAACAGAAAAAGGCCCUCCAUGGCCUUGGACAAUAGCACUUCCACAACCACAACUACACCCAUUGACACAACCCCAAAACACUGCAAAAGCAAGAACUUCUCCGACAUAGACCAAAAACACCAGCCUAAGGACUCCAACAAUGAGUCUGUAUUACUACCAGGCUUGCCAAACCACCUUGCACAGCUUUGCCUCUCAUCCCUCCACCCUUCCCUCCUCUCCUCCGUGUGCAGCUCAUGGCGACGCCUCAUAUACUCUCCUUCCUUCCCUCCAUUCUUCUCUCUCUACGCUCUCCUCUCACCAUCGUCAUCGUCUAUAACAAGAAACAAAGAUCAAGAUCAGUCAAAUUCAAUCGAAUUCUUCGCUUUAGACCCCAUCUCCUCGAUGUGGAGACAACUUCCAAGUCCGCCACCGGACCCACCACUCCGCCUACUCCUCCGCCAUCCGUCUUUCAUAUCACGAAACCUCCCAAUCCAAUCCCUAACGGUCAACAACUACCUUGUUCUCGUGGCUGCCACCACACACGGUUUCCUUCCCGCCCUGUCCUGUCCAUUAGUCUUUGAUCCGGUGUCUGGCCAAUGGUUCUCCGGCCCACCACUGUCCACACCGCGCCGCUGGUGCAUCACUGGCUCAGUGAAUGGCACAGUAUAUAUUGCAAGUGGGGUCGGCACACACUACCAGGGCGAUGUGGGAAGGUCACUUUUGAAAUGGGACAUGAAGAAGAAUAAUGAUGAGUGGAAUUGGGAAAAUAUGGCGACACUUAAAGAUGGUAGGUUUAGUAGAGAAGCUGUGGAAGCAGUUGGGUAUAGAGGAAAGCUCUAUAUGGUGAAUGUGAAGGGAAAUGCAGUGAAACAAGGGGCAGUCUACGACGUUGAAAUGGACCGGUGGGAGGAGAUGCCGGAAAGAAUGGUUACAGGGUGGAAUGGGCCGGCGGCAGUGAUGGACGGCGAGGAUGUAAUGUACGUGGUGGAUGAGGCAAAGGGUGUACUAAGCAAGUAUGAUUUUGAUAUAAAUUGCUGGGAAAAGGUAAUGGAGUUUCCGGAGCACUUGAAAGGCGCCGAGCAGAUAGCAGCUGGCCGAGGGAGGGUUUGUGUUGUUUGUGCCAACAAUCAAAAGAUUGUGGUGGUGGACGUGGUGGCAAGGCCAGUGAAACUUUGGGUUGUGGAUCUGCUGCCGGAAAUGGAAGUGGUUGCAGUUCAUAUAAUGCCAAGGAUGAGCAGGCCGGAAUAUUGACACAGUGUUCAAAUGUCAAGAAGAGUGAUGAAUGAGGUAACAUCAUGUAGGACUCAUAUGAAUGUAUUAUUCUAUGUAAUUUUGUGAGUAUUACAGUCUGACAAUGUAUUAAUCAGUGUUCUAUGGUAUACUGUGUAUGAACUAUGAAAAAAAUUGUCUACAAUAGGGCUGCAUUAUUUUUGGAUCAUCUGUAAUGUAUUAGUACAAUGUUACUUUCAUUUCUUAUAAAAUAAGCUUUUGUUGCC